UUGAUAAGCAAUUCAACUUCUGAACUGAAAUGAUAGAGUUCAUCUGAUACAAACUAAAUGGUUUUAUCAAGAGACAAACAAACAAUAGUUUUUGAUGGUGUAAAAUGACUAUACUUGUACUUUAAAACUUGAGAGAAAAUUGGUUGACGUUUUCAGAAAUCAUGGUUAGUGGUUGGAUAUUAUGUGAAGUAAAGCCAGCCUUAGCAUGAAUAUAUAUUUUCACUGGUUCACUUUUUGUUUAUUUUUCAAAACAUAUGUUAUGUGCAUAUCAAUACACAACUUUAGACCAAUAAACAUGUCUGAACUGACUCAACUUGUGGGUCCUCAGGCAGAAAAAAUACUUAGAAAGGUCAUUCCAAGGGUAGGCAAACCAAUAAAAUCAGAAGAAGCAUCCGAAGAACAACCCCUGCCCCUUCCAUCUGUCUUUCGUGAUGAGAAGAAGAAUGUAUUCUUUGACCUUUGGGUUAUUCGAGGGCGAGAGAACCGCUUGAUGGGUGACAACAAAGGACAACUAUGUGUUUCCAUUCAGUCUUCCCCUGAGGUGAAGGAUUCUCUCAAUUUGGAGCUCUGGAGGUUCAUAUCCAACGUCCUCCAAGUACGGAGAGAUGACAUAGAAAUUAUACUGUCAAAUACAAACGAUAUGGCCAGGAGGGUAGUGGUGAUGGGAAGAGCUAUCACAGAAAGCGAGUGUCAGCAACGGCUACACGCUAACAUGCGCAGUUUCUCUCUUGAGGUCCAAGAGGAAGCAGGGGCUGAAGAAAGUGCCAAACUCGACACGUUGUUCUUUCAUGCUGAAAUAAAAUCAAAACAACCUACAGGACCAGCUCCAGAUGAGAGUGAGGAGAGGGAUCUAGAAUGGAAGCCUAAUUACAUAAAGAAUCCCACUAUGUUGGACAGAGUCCUUAGAGACUUAAUGCCUAAUAAGGAAAUCGUCAUUAGGGGAAGACUUCUGAAGAAGGAUAGUCCUAACUUCAUUGCCAGACCAUUAUUAGAAAAUUAUCAAGGCCACAGGUCCUUAAAAGUGAAGAGAAAGGUGCUGGAAGGUGUCCACAAUCACGAUGAGGAGAAGAAGCAGAAUUUUCCUGCAGGACCCAGGAUGACAUGCCCUGGCAGGAUAUUGGGACUGUCGGUUAUUGAUACGUUGUCACAAGAUGGUGAUCGAGUCAUCAGCAGGAGAGUGUUUGCUCCUUUGUUUCGAAAUGAGACUCAUGAUUUUGUUGAUGAACUCGACUAUACUGAAGUUAAGUUUAAAUCUUCUAUGUAGUAGUAGUGUGAUUAUUUAAUUAUAAUUUUUAUAAAACUUA